AUGAGACAAAAGAGAGCCAAAGCUUACAAGAAGCAAAUGGGUGUUUAUACCCACACCUUCAAAUUCAGGGAACCUUUCCAAACAAUAGUGGAUGACGAACUUAUCUUGACUUGUAUUAAAUCAUCUUUUAACUUGACUAAGGGCCUCGAUAGAACCAUACAAUCAGAAUCCAAACCUAUGAUAACACAAUGCUGUAUGCAAGCAUUGUAUGCCACAAAUAACCAAGCAGCUAUCGAUUUGGGAAAAUCUUUUGAAAGACGUCGUUGUAACCAUCCUCCAAGAGACCCUAAACCACCUUCCGAGUGUAUUGCAUCCAUAACAAAUAUUGAGGGUCAAAACAAGCAUCGUUACGUUGUUGCUUCUCAAAGUGUUGAAUUGCGUAAGCAAUUACGUCAAGUACCUGGUGUUCCACUUAUUUUCAUGAAUAGGUCAGUCAUGGUCAUGGAACCCUUGAGUCAUGCCAGCAGUAAGUUUGCUGAAGAGGUGGAACUGAGAAAAUUAACCGGUGGGUUGAACAACGCCCUGACAGCUGGCUACAUUAAUAAAGACGAUGAAUCAGAAAAUGAAGGAGAGGACCAGCCAAGGAAGAAGAGAAAGGGACCAAAAGGACCUAAUCCUUUGAGUAUCAAGAAGAAGAAGUCAGAUACCCCGGCUAAAGAGGAUAAGCCUGAACAACCAAAGAAGAGAAGAAGAAAACAUCACAAAAAAUCAAAUGGCGGGAAUGAAAACCCAAGUAAUGAGAAUGAAGGUUCUUCAAAUCAUGAGCAUGAAGGUUCUUCACCUAAUGAGAAGGAUGUAAACUCAGAAUGA